GGGCGCCGUGCCCGGCCCGGGGCCGCCUGUUGAUCGCGCGCUCGCCUGGCCGCGGCGCGCCCUGCGAGUGGCCCGCGCUCCGGGCUGACUGACUGACGGCUCGCACCGCCGGCUCCGGGAUGGACGCACGAACCGUGGCAUUCUGAGGUCUCAGGAAGCUGGCCCAUUUAAAUGUCCGCGGCCCAUGAGAAGGGCAUCUGAGAAACCAUGGCGCUCCCUUUCCAAAAAGAGUUGGAGAAAUAUAAGAACAUUGAUGAAGAUGAGCUUCUUGGAAAACUCUCAGAAGAGGAAUUGAAACACUUGGAAAAUGUUCUGGAUGACCUAGAUCCUCAGAGUGCCCUGCUGCCAGCCGGAUUCCGACAGAAAGACCAGACCCAGAAAGCAGCCACCGGCCCCUUUGACCGCGAGCACCUGCUCAUGUACCUGGAGAAGGAGGCUCUGGAACAGAAAGACAGGGAAGACUUUGUGCCUUUCACCGGAGAAAAGAAAGGGAGAGUCUUUAUCCCCAAAGAAAAGCCCGUAGAAACGCGUAAAGAAGAAAAAGUGACUCUUGAUCCAGAACUGGAAGAAGCUUUGGCCAGUGCUUCCGACACUGAACUCUACGAUCUUGCAGCUGUUCUUGGAGUACACAAUAUGCUCAAUAACCCGAAGUUUGAUGAAGAAACACCCAACAGUAAAGAUGGCAAAGGGCCUGUGCGAAAUGUGGUCAAAGGUGAAAAGGUCAAGCCUGUAUUUGAGGAACCACCCAACCCCACGAAUGUGGAAGUAAGUCUGCAGCAGAUGAAAGCUAAUGAUCCCAGCCUCCAAGAAGUCAACCUCAACAACAUUAAGAACAUUCCAAUCCCAACCCUGAAAGAAUUUGCAAAGGCUCUGGAGACCAACACCCAUGUCAAGAAGUUCAGCCUGGCUGCCACCCGCAGCAAUGACCCUGUGGCAAUUGCUUUUGCAGAUAUGCUGAAAGUGAACAAGACCUUGAAAAGUCUAAACAUAGAAUCCAAUUUUAUAACUGGAGCUGGGAUCCUGGCCCUGGUAGAGGCGCUGAGAGAAAAUGACACGUUGACAGAAAUCAAGAUCGACAACCAGAGACAGCAGUUGGGAACAGCCGUAGAGAUGGAAAUUGCCCAGAUGCUCGAGGAGAAUUCAAGGAUCCUCAAAUUUGGAUAUCAGUUUACCAAGCAAGGGCCACGAACAAGAGUGGCAGCUGCCAUCACAAAGAAUAAUGACCUGGUUCGUAAAAAGCGAGUUGAAGGAGAACGAAAGUAAAUUUCUACAAGAGGCGAAGUUCCACCACGGCAGCCAUUUAAAAGCAAACAAAAGCGCUGCUCCCUCCCCACCGGGACUAUUUUAUCAAAGGUUCAUUUCCGUUAACCACAAAGCUAAUACUUAAUUUUUAUUCUUUUUUAGCACUACUGAUUUAUCCGGGAUUUUUAAACACAUUCGGUUGUUUUAUUUGCUCGUGGGCACCUCUGGCAACUUGCACCAGUGGACAUAGGCAGGUCUUAGUGGGUGGCAACAAUUGAAAAGGCCUUAACCACUUUCAUAUUGGGUUGUCUCGCUUGCAUGAACUUUUUAUGACCACUACAAGGCAUUUAGUAUGUAAGUGUGUUUGUAACUGAUUAUGAUAGAGGCCUACCUCUGUUUACAUGCAUAGCUUUGAGUUAGGCUAAAUACAGCAGAAGUGUUCUGCUGACCAUAUAAGAAGUUAGUAUUGCCAAUCUUUCACAGGGUGAGAAAUGCAACCCAAUUUAGCACAAAUUCUUAGUUCCAGAAAUAACACUGAAUGCACAUGCCCCACUGAUCAAAAAUCAAUGGGGUCAUCUUCAUAAAAACAAGACAGCAUUAUGAUGCUUUAACAUAGCCUUAGUAAAUAAGUAUACAAUGUUUAUUAACCCACAGAUAUAACUUCAAGAUAGACUCACGGGAAGGACAAUGAAUUGGCACACCUACUUGACUAAUUAUUCAACAUAAAUUCAAUCUUUAACAUGUUUCUGAUGGAUAGCUUUUUACAAAGCUGUUUUAAAGUUUUCCAGACAGGAUGGGAUAUUUUUAAGUUUUAGGAAGAGGGAGGCUUUUAAAACAGUACACACCCAAAUAAAACAAUAAUAAUUGUACAUUAAUCAAGCUGUCUGAUGCACAUGACUGAAUUAUUUUGGCAAAUUUUAGAAGGAUUUAUUGCUUUUUCUUUAGUGUAACAAGAUUGCAGGGUAAAAGGUGAACAUUCAAGUUAAUUACACUGAUUUUUGUCUACAUGGCAUGAUCCAUCCAGAUACUUGCCAACAUCAGGAAAAAGUGUGAAUUAUCACUUAUCCAGAUGUUUGUCAUCUCAAGAACGAAGGCUGUGACAGCACAGUGGCAAUGAUUGCAUGGUGGUGUGCGUUAAUCUUGCAGCGGCCUGAUGCUGAAAUAAGGAAACAAGUGACUACAGCCUUUGGCUCAAGUGCACCUGUCUCUGAUAACUGUCAGGGCCCAAGGCUGGAAUUGGUGGCACUCUUACUUAACACUAGCUUUUAUGUCUCCCUUCCUUAUUCCCUUCUCCCCUUCCUUCCAACUCAUUCUCUUUCCUGUUUGUAAUGCUGAGUCUUGUAAAGGCGGCAUGCCUAGUGCUGGUAACCGCUGGAGCUAAAGGGGUUGCUGACUCUGGCAGAAGGUGGGCCCAGCCCAGAAUUUGUUUAGUAAUUGAAUGUUCCUGCGUUGCUUGAUAGCAGUAAAACAAGUUUUUAAAAAUGAGACAUUAAUUCACAUAUUAUUCUAGCUAGCUUGUAGAACACAUGGGAACCGUUUCAGAUAGAUAGCCUUUAUAAAAUUGGACAUUUACCUAUAUUCUAAGUACUCACAUCUGUAGCCCUAAAAUUCUUUGAAACCUAAUUUUCUUGAGAAUAUUUUACAUUUUUGAGGGACUAAUGAGCAGAACCUGUUGAUGUUUUUAGGACGCUAAAAAUUCUUUAGUUUUCCACUAUGUCUCCCUACCUAUACCAAAAAAAAAAAAAAAAAAAAAAAAAAAAAGCACAGUAAAUAGUAUUUAAUUGUUUUCAGCUGAUUUUUCCUUUCCCCUUACUUACUUAGAUGUGGAAUGUUGGAGCCAGCUCAUGCAGGCUUACUGAUUAUAAAAUUUUCAAGAAUUUUGCAAACUGGUUGUUAAACAUGGCCAUUAUUAAAAAUUAAAUGUCAUGCACUUAAAAUCAAGUUAUAUUAAAAACAAAAAGUAAUACUCAAAAGUACAUUUACUAUUUUCUGUGCUCUUAAGACUAUUUGCAUCUGUUAUUGUCGGUAUGGCAGACAUGCUAUAAUGCUGUACUGUUUACAUCUCCUCUGAACUCAGAAGUUCAGGACCUCUUGCUGGGAGUUUGAAAUUGGCCAUGGUGGUGGGAGUAUUUACACCAAGGAAAUUAGCAAAUUUUACAAAUCAGGGCUUCCUCCUAUCCCAUGCCCCCAGUUGCUGGUUUAUAAACACGCAUCAGCAAUGUAUACAACUCUUUGUGUGGUGUGUGUGUGUGUGUAUACAUAUGUAUGGCUACCAUGUUGCCAAAGGGGAGAACAUUUCCAUUUCUUUCUCCUAGCACUUUAGAUUCAUUGCAGAUAUAUUUAAAUGCUGCAUGACCCUGCAAAUAGGACUUUUUCCUUUCUUUUCUCAUUCACUCUUAUUUUUAGCUUCUCCCCUAAGGAAUCUUGAAUUCUACAGAGUGUUUUCUGCAGCCCCAAGGUGCUGAAGGCUGGGGGCUAAAGCAGUUUUUGACAAACUCUGGCAGAAAGCAAGAAAAAAGUCAGAAUUUAAUAGAGACUGUACUGCAGUUGUUGAUAGUAUUAAAGCAAGAUAAUGGGGUAUUAUCAAAAUUUAGCACUGUUUUAGCUUGUAAAAUAGUUGGCUCACAUGUAAUAGAAUCUAUGAAAUCUAAUAUUUAUAUAUAAUCAUUUUAUCUUAAUAUUACCUGUGUUUUAAAAGUAGCUUGAAAGGUGACAUUUUCAUGAUUAUUCACAUAUUAAAGAUAACUAUUAGAAGAUAAACUUACAUUUUGGAGAGUCUAUAAAUCAUUUACUUAGCCUAGGACUUCAUCUCUCGAGCAUCUUCCCAAAGUGUGCAAGUAGUCUUUUCAUUAUUAUGAGCAUGAUUAAUCCCUUACCAUUCAUCAUGGUGGCACAUAACGUGUAUAAAAUAUUUUUAUAUGUAUGCACUUGCCAAAUAUGAUGCUGAUAUUUGGCAACAUCUGGACAACCAAUUGAAGGGAGAUAAUCCCUUCCCAGACCACCUCCUUCCCUCUUUUUGAUGUGGAUAGGCCCACAGUAAGUACAGAAUCACUCACCAGGACCUACAGGCUCAUAUCACAGCAUGACUUGUAAAAGGAGACUUUUAGAAGACAAAUUCUGGAAGUCCGGAGAUCACAUCACUAGUCCAGCACUCCAUCUCCCCACCGUACGGAAGUGCGUAGAGGAUGCUACUUCAUCAUCAUGGGCAUGAGUAAAUCUUUCCCUUUUAUCUUGUUAGGACCUAAUGUAAAUAAGUGUGUGUGUGUGUGUGUGUGUGUGUGUGUGUGUGUGUCGCCAAAUAUCUAAAUAACUAGGUGUUUGGCUACAUCUGGACAACCGAUUGAAGGGGGAUGCUCUCUCCCAACUCCUUGUCCCUGUCCUUUUUAGAGUUGCUGCGGGCCCAGGUUAAUGUGAAAUCACUCCCUAGAGUUUGCAUUUUAGGUCCUCACCCCCCAAAUUUCACAGUGUGCAUGGUCAACAACCUUAGGGAAUAAAGAUUAGAAACUUCAUUGUUUCAACAUCAAAUCUCUCCAUAUGCCUAUAGUGUAUAAGACGAAGCUCUUUCCUUCCAUCUGGGUAGGGUAUAUAUAAGUGUUUUGUAAAUAAAGAUCACUAAUUACUGUAUGGAGCUCCUUGGCUAAAGCUGGACAACUGAUUGGAGGGAGAUGCUGUCCCUCAGGCCCUUUUCCCUUUCAAAGUUGCUGCAGGCCUAGCUUAGAUAGAGAAUUACUAACCUGGACAGACACGUGCAGCUCACCCAUCUGAGAGCACACAGAUUACUGUACAAUAAAAGCCCAUCUCCACUUCAAAAUUCAGAAACCCCAAAUGCCUGUACUCCUCAAAACCAUUUCCCUAAGUCAGUGGUCUGCAAACUGCAGCUCGUGAGCCACAUGCGAGCUCUGUUGACUAAUGAGUUUGCCAACCACUGCUCUAAGGGAAGCCUGGAACACCAGAUCACAGCAGCAGCUUCUCUGCCAGGCAGGGCACCAGCUUGAGGGAGACCCGAGUGCUCUGAAUAACUGCCAGGAGGUCGGGUCAGACGCUCAAAUUUGAAAACACUGCUAAGCAUCAGCAUGCUUUAAAUUCACAGAAGAGUUUGCAGCUAUUUCCUUCUUUGUGCAUAUGAAUGCUUAGACAUAUAGGCACUGCAAGGGGGACAGGAAGUACAAAAACUCUGGACUGAUACAAUUUGAUAUGUGUUUCUUGGGUUUUGAGGGUAGAGUGCCUUUCUGCAAAGUGGAUACCAUCUUCAGUGCAAGUAUUUAUGGCAGCAGCACCAAUGGGCAGGGGUGGUAAGUUGUGAAUUCUGGGUUCUGUGGCCUGUUACCUGAUUCUGGAAUCGGGUUUAAGUCACGAUCCUGAAGCUUCCUCCCUCUCAGACACUAAUGAUGCAGUAAUAGCUCCUUUCCUUUUUAAAAAACCUUUAUUGUUGAAAGUAUUACAUAAGUCCCCUUUUCCCCUCAUUAACCUCUUCUAACCUCUCCCCACUCCCCUUCCCCCCCCAGGCCUUCACCACCUUUUUGUCGGUGUCUAUGGGUAUAUGCAUACAAGUUCUUUGGUUGAUCUCUUGCUACUUUCAUUUUAAUGAACAGAGAACUAAGAUGAAAUGUUUUAGCUCUGCCUUCCAGUGGCAGUUUUUCCUUUUGCUCCUCAUUUUAAAUCUUCCCACCACAUACCAUGCCAUCCUCAAAGCUAAAGGACUGAGACACAUGCAAAGAAAAGGUGUGAGAAUGACUAGAAGCAUCAGGCAGAGCAUUCUGGGUGAAAAUCACAUGACUCCUCCCCCAACAAACCGGGAGGAGGAAAAUACCUAGAACCCAGGAUGGAUUCAUUGUUUUCUUAUUACCAACUCUGGAUUAGAUUGGGUUUCGAUUGUGGUUCAGGAGUUUAGAAAAGUGGAGAGGCUGAGUGAGGUGGAAAAGGAAGAUGGAAAUUAGAGGUCUUAACUUGUAUAACAGCAGAAGUAACUCUGAUCAGCUUUCCUCUUUCCCAUCUGCCCAUAACAUCAGUGAUUGAACAUUCAGUAGAUGGACAGAGGCAGAUUCCAAGGUUUAAAUUUUGAACCUGCCUCUGGCUACUGUGCUAGGAAGACUGUACAUGCACUAAAGAUUAUCCCAGUUUUGUGGCGCAUCAUUGAUUUGGAGGGUGAAGAUUAGACAUUUCUCUGGUAUCUUCCAUGGUAGUCAUUCUGAGCACUUAGGCUUUGCUAGUUGGUCUGGUGGAGGAGAACCAUAUUAACAGAUUUAGAGAUUGACUCCUAAUCCUAUCACUGACACUUAGCAGGUAUAUAUGAUCAUUUAAUUGCCUGCCAAUUAUCCUAUAUAAUAAAAGGCUAAUAUGCAAAUAGACCGAACAGUGGAACAACUGGUCACUAUGAUGCUCACGGACCACCAGGGGGCAGUGCUCAAGGCAGGAGCUACCCCCUGGUGGUCAGUGUCCUCCCACAGGGGGAGCACCACUCAGCCAGAAGCUAGCGAGCAGGCAAGCAGUGAGGAGUGAGGCCUCCCGAACUGCGAGAGGGUACAAGCCAGGCUGAGGGAUCCUCCCUGAUGCACAAAUUUCAUGCACUAGGCCUCUAGUAGAUUAAAUAGGGGAAAGAGCACUGGAUUUGGAGUCAAGAAACCUGGACACUUGGCUCCACUCUUUCUUAGCUGGGUGACUUUGGAGCAAGCCACUUAGUCUCUCAAGCCUAAAUUCUUCAGCUAUAUUCUAAUGGGAACAAUACCUUCACUAACUACCUCACAGAGUUGUGGUGAGAAUAUAAUCAGCUAGUAGGAUGAAAAUAUACUGGAAAGGACUGUACAAAAGUGGGAGAUCAUUUCUAUUAUCUACUAGAAGACUGGUGCACAAAAUUCAUGCAUGGGUGGGGUCCCUAGGCCUGGCCAGCAAUUAGGGCCUAUCAGGGCUUCCGGCCACCAGCCUGGGCCUUCCUUCCCUGGCUGCCAGCUGCCCCCUUGUGGUCAGCGCACAUUACAGCAAGCAAUCGAACUACCAGUCUCCCAGUGGAACUCCCAAGGGGACACUUUGCAGAUUAGCCUUUUAUACAUAUUGAUUCACUAAUUUUUCCUCUGCCUCUUGAAUCUUUUCUUUUCCUCUGACCAAUAAUUGGAUCUUCCACAUCUUUUUUAGUAUGGGGAAUGGAAGCAUGAGUAUGAUAUAGAGGACUGGGAUUACUUUAUUUUCCACAAAGACAUGGGAGACGUGGUUGAUGGGGCAGUGUGUGUUAUUUCCAGUGAUGUGUGUGGUAGGGCGUUUUCCUGAGUCACUUUGACAGCUCCUUGGGACGGGUCGGGACCUUUGCAGAGAGGCCAGGGUUGGACACAGGGGGAAGCAAACAGUGACGAGGGUCUGGGACACUGCUGCCCUCCUGUCAGCUCUGUCGCCAUUCAGGGUGGGGCAGGCUGUGGCCUGAGGUGUGCCUACGGGGCUAGGAGAAGAAUGUCCGUGGGGCUGUGGCAGCUGUGUUACUGGCUGAGCUCUGGUAGUAAAGGGAAGCAGUAUCACCUGAGAGAUCAGCUCUCCUGGGCAGCAGCUGCCUUGUUAUCACCAGCAACCUCAGCCCUGGCCAGUAUUAUUUUCUGCUAAGAAGGAUCUUGAAACCUAGCUUCACAGAACUUUCACAAGCAAUUGGAGAUAGGGACUCUCAUCAAUCUUUGUACCUUUAGUAACAUCUAGUAAGGUGCCUUGUACAAAAUAGGUGCUUAAUAAACAUUGCUUGAAUUGUCCUCCAGUUCCAAAAACUAAAUAAGUAAAAAAUGCUCCAUUUGUCACCAUGUAUUUUUGGAAAACAAUGCUGAUUUGGAUAUCAGUUGUUUGUGACUUUGGGCAAGACUUUCUACCUAUUUUUACUUCAUUUCAUCUGGAAAAUGAAGUGAGCAGAUCAGAUGCUGUCUAAGGUCCCUUCCAGCUCCUGAAUCCGGAUUCUAACCGGUUCCCAUUGCAGUUUCAUCUCUCUUCACAAGGCACUGUUCAGAGGAAGGGGUCUGAACUUGCCACCGACAGACAGACAGUUGUCUGUACCUCCUCGGCAGUUUUUACUGUCUUCAGAGUAGUUCUCAAGGAACAGCCUUUUCUGAAAGAAUAUUUUAACAUUUAUAAUAUUUUCUCCUCAAAAUCGGUGGAGGAAAUGGGGAAAUGCAAAGAAGGAAAUGGAGCACAGUUAACAGCACAUUUCUCAUAGGCUUUCAUUUAAAAUGUGUGUGUGUGUGUGUGUGUGUGUGUGUGUGUACGCGCGUGCACGUGUUUGGGUGUCUGCACACAUGUUGACUGGAUAACAGAGAAGCUGAUCAGAAGUACACGGUGCAAUUGAGAGAAGCUGGGCCAGGAU